ACUAGAAGAUGUGCACGCGAGGUAGUCGCUAAUGGCGUUCUAGAACAACGUUCAUUGCUACGCUAACGCCGAUUGUAAACACAGUCCUACUCUCCUUUCGUGCAUGAUACACCACUACGCGGGUCGUCCAGCUAGCCGACUGACAAUGAAGUGACAAGCGUGAGCAGAUCACGUGAGACAAGACGGUCAGGUCACGUGUGAGUGUCCAUGCUGUAGAAUGGCUUCCGAUUUUCUCUACAAAUACGCGCUAUCCGCCGCUGCCGCUACGGUUGCUGAGACGGUGACAUUCCCCCUCGACCUGACAAAAACACGACUGCAAAUCCAAGGAGAGGGAGCCCCUAACCCCACAGCAUACCGCGGGAUGUUGAAGACCGCCCUGGGGAUAAUCCGAGAGGAAGGACCCCUCAAGCUCUGGCAAGGAGUCAGUCCGGCCGUACUACGACAUCUUGUUUACACUGGAUGUAGAAUGGGAUUCUAUGAGAAACUUCGAGAGGAUGUCUUUGGUCGAUCACUUGAUGGUCAUUUUCCAUUCUACAAAGCAGUACUGAGUGGUGGAAUCGCUGGAGCUGCUGCUCAAUUCAUUGCCAGUCCGACCGACCUCGUUAAGGUUCAAAUGCAGAUGGAAGGUCGACGUAAACUCGAAGGAAAGCCGGCCCGAGUUCGAGGCACUUUUCACGCAUUUUCAAGAAUUGUCAGUGAAGGAGGAAUACGCGCUCUGUGGAAAGGAUGGGCACCCAAUGUACAAAGGGCAGCUUUAGUAAACAUGGGCGACUUGACUACAUAUGACACGACCAAGCAGGCACUCUUACAAUAUACUCAUUUAGGGGAUAACUCAAUCACACAUUCUAUUGCUAGUGCAGCAUCGGGAUUAGUGGCAGCGACGGUCGGCACACCAGCCGACGUUGUUAAGACCCGGAUUAUGAAUCAGCCACAACUCUAUAGCUCAUCGUUGCAGUGUUUGAAGCUAACUGUGCAAAAUGAGGGCAUGCUGGCCCUUUGGAAGGGAUUUCUGCCUAUAUGGGCGAGGAUGGCUCCGUGGUCGUUGACAUUCUGGAUAUCGUACGAACAGAUUAGACGAAUUGCUGGAACAUCAUCUUUUUAACAAUAGUAUUAGCUAACAGUGCAAUUAUAUUAUUGUUGUAUUAUAUUAUUAACUUAA